CCGUCCCCGCCUGGAAGCGCCGCUGAAGAUGGCGAGCCCGGCGCCCCCGGAGCACGCCGAGGAAGGAUGCGCCGCUCCCGCUGCCGAGGAGCAGGCGCCCCCGCUGCCGCCGCCGCCCCAGGCUCCCCCGGAGGAGCCGGAGGAGGAAGCGCCGGAGGAAGCGGCGGUGGCGGCCGGCGCGGGGCGGCAGGUGGAGGAGGCCGCCGGCGGGGUGGCCGCCGCCGUGACCUGGCUGCUGGGGGAGCCGGUGCUGUGGCUGGGCUGCCGCGCCGACGAGCUCCUGAGCUGGAAGAGGCCGCUGCGCAGCCUGCUCGGCUUCGUCGGGGCCAACCUGCUGUUCUGGUUCCUUGCGUUGACUCCAUGGAGAGUGUAUCACCUGAUUUCUGUUAUGAUGCUUGGACGUGUUAUUAUGCAAAUAAUAAAGGAUAUGGUUUUGUCUAGAACGAGAGGUGCACAGCUCUGGAGAAGCCUCACUGAAAGCUGGGAAGUUAUCAAUUCCAAACCAGAUGAAAGACCCAGGCUCAGCCACUGUUUUGCAGAGUCAUGGAUGAAUUUCAGCAUAUUUCUUCAAGAAAUGUCUCUUUUUAAACAGCAGAGCCCUGGCAAGUUUUGUCUCCUGGUCUGCAGUGUGUGCACAUUUUUUACAGUCUUAGGAAGUUACAUUCCUGGGGUUAUACUCAGCUAUCUACUGUUACUGUGUGCAUUUUUGUGUCCACUAUUUAAGUGUAAUGAUAUUGGACAAAAAAUAUACAGCAAAAUCAAGUCAGUUCUGCUGAAACUAGAUUUUGGAAUUGGAGAAUAUAUCAGCCAGAAGAAACGUGAGAGAUCUGAAGCAGAUAAAGAAAAAAGUCACAAAGAUGACAGUGAAUUAGACUUUUCAGCUCUUUGUCCUAAGAUUAGCCUCACAGUUGCUGCCAAAGAGUUGUCUGUGUCUGACACAGACGUGUCCGAGGUCUCCUGGACUGACAACGGGACCUUCAACCUUUCAGAAGGAUACACUCCACAGACAGACACUUCUGACGAUCUUGACCGACCUAGUGAGGAAGUUUUCUCUCGAGACCUUUCAGAUUUUCCAUCUCUAGAAAAUGGCACGGGAACAAAUGAUGAAGACGAAUUAAGCCUUGGCUUGCCUGCUGAGCUCAAGAGAAAAAAGGAACAGUUGGACAGCAGUCUCAGACCAAGCAAAGAGAGGCAGGCAGCAGCUGGGCUCGCCCUUCCUCUGAGCAGUGACCAAACCUUUCACUUGAUGAGCAACCUGGCUGGAGACGUCAUCACAGCCGCCGUGACUGCUGCUAUCAAAGACCAGAUAGGGGGCCUGCAGCAAGCACUUGCCCAGGCUGCCCCCAGCCCAGGAGAGGACACAGACACUGAAGAAGGUGAUGACUUUGAACUCCUUGACCAGUCAGAGCUCGAUCAAAUUGAGAGUGAAUUGGGACUCUCACGAGACCAGGAAGCGGAAGCACAGCAAAAUAAGAAGUCUGCAGGCUUCCUCUCCAACCUCCUCGGAGGCCAUUAGCCUGGGAACCAGCUUGUAUAACAGAGCACAAACUACCAAAAAAUUUCAAACACGCAAAAAAAAAAAAAAGAAAGAAAAUGAAAAAAAUUUUUUUGAACUGUGAGCUUUACUGAUUACUUUAGAUUUUUUUGGUCUUAUUUUCCCUUCUGCAGUGAAUUAAUUGGAUAUGUAUCAGCUGACACUGAUAGAUUGAUAUUUCUGAUAGUUAUUUUUAUGUAAUAAGCAUGGAAAUGAACUUUAUAUAUAUAUAUAUAUACAUA